AUGGAUCUGGACGCGAGCCCUGCCAUCAACUUCUGGAAGGACCCGAACGCCGAGCCCUGCUGCAUCUGCGGGGAGGAGGAGGAGGGCGCCGCGGCGGCGGGGCACACGGAGCUGACGUGCCCUUACAACUACCUCGCCCCCGCCGCCGCGUCGACGUACGUGCCCUGCCGGGCGAGGGCCGCCGCCUGGAUGGAAGGCAGGGGCGCCCUCUCCGAGCAGUGCUGGUUCCUGCGGCGCUUCGUGCGUGCGAGCAACCUGCCUGGGAGCUGCCGGCCGGCCGACCUGGCCGGGCUCUUCGCCGCGUUCGGGCCCCUGCGGAUGUGGCACGUCGCCAUGGACGGACCCGGCAAGUGCAAGGGGCUCGCGUGCGUGGUGUUCGAGCGCCGAGAGGACGCGGAGGUGGCUGUUGAGGACCUCAACUGCUACAGCUUCGGUGCCCGUAGCUUGCGGGUCGACUGGGCGUAUCCCAGCGCCUGA